AUGUUAACAAAAUCCCAUAUUUUGUUGCUUAUGUUAUGUUCCAUUUCUUCUAUUUCUCGCUCACUUCAUGCUGCAUUGAACAAUAAUCAAAACUCAUUGUUCUUAGCAUGUGGUUCAACAAAUGGUGGAACAGAUGAAGAUAUGAUAAAAUGGGAAUCAGACGCAAAGUAUUUGGUGUCUGGUGAUAAAUCAGUUAUGACACAACCUGAAUCCCCUGACCCUUUUGCUCCAUCUGUUGUACCAUAUACAAAUGCAAGAAUUUUUCAAUCAGAAUCUUCAUAUAAUCUUCCUGUUACAAACCAAACAGCACAUAUUAUGCUUAGGCUUCAUUUCAACCCAACCCCUUAUCAUAAUUUCAAUAUUUCUAAUUCAUAUAUCACAGUUUCUUCUGGUAAAGUAACAUUGGUAAAUAAUUUCAGCGCGUAUAUAACUGCACAAGCCUUGUCACAGAGUUGCAUUACCAAAGAGUACUUAUUGUCUCCUGUGGGUUCUCCAACCUUGGAGAUCAAGAUUAAGCCUUUUGGUGAUUCAUCAUUUGCAUUCAUCAAUGGAAUUGAAAUGAUCACCGCGCCAGAUAUAUUUUUUGGUCCGGACCCUCUGAUGGUUGGAUUCAGUACAAGUAUUAAAAAUUCUAUUACUCAACAAACUAUAUCUGUAAAGGAAAACAAUAUGGAGUUAGCAUAUAGGGUCAAUGUUGGUGGACAAUAUAUUUCUCCGAAAAAUGAUUCAGGUGGAUUAAUGAGAAGUUGGUAUGAAGAUACUCCCUACUUAGAUGGUGCUUCAACAGGCAUUACUAUGAGGAGCAACAGGACAAUUGAGUACGAUAACAUGCCAUCGUACGUUGCACCACUUGCUGUCUACGAGACCUGUAGAUCGAUGGGUUAUGAUUCAAACAUCAACAAGAACUAUAACCUCACUUGGGUUUUUAAUGUUGAUCCCAAUUUUAUAUAUCUCGUGAGGCUUCACUGGUGUGAUUUCAGCAUCGAUGCCACGAAAUACAAUUCCAUGGUCUUUAAUGUAUAUAUCAAUGGACAAAUUGCAGAAACCGAAGUCGAUUUAGUUGCAAUGAAAAGUGGAAAAAAGGCAGCUGCAAUAGUAAAAGAUUAUGUGACUCGUGUUGAUGAUAAAGAAGGAGGUCAACUUUGGAUAGCAGUAAAUCCAUUAGGAGUUGGAAGUGAGAUAGCUAAUGCUAUUGUAAAUGGAAUAGAGAUAUUUAAGAUUGGUGGUGGAGAUACGAGCUUGGCAGGACGGAAUCCUGCAAUGUCAGAUUUAAUGAUGAAAUAUCAAGAAGAACAUAGUAAAGAAGCUCCACAGGCAUUUGCUAAUCAGGAAAAAUCACAUAGUAAUACUGUUAUAAUCAGUGGUGCUGCUGGUGGAAUUGCUGCUGCAUUUGGUCUAGCUGCUGUUUUAGUCUUUGUUUCUUUAAAGAGGAAAAAAAGAACCCAGGGAGCUGAACCAGGCACGACUAGUUGGCUUCCGAUUCAUGGGAACUCUCAUUCUUCUGGUAGCAAAUCAGCUUCUCGAAGAAGUGGUGGUGUUAGCACGGCCAUUUCAUCAGAUGCUGCUUCUAACUGCCGAUAUUUCUCACUAGCUGAGAUCAAACAGGCCACUAAGAACUUCGAUGAAUCAUAUGUCAUUGGAGUUGGUGGAUUUGGAAAAGUGUACAAAGGAGUUAUCGAUGGUGACACAAAAGUUGCAAUCAAAAGAUCAAAUCCAUCUUCACAACAAGGGGUUAACGAAUUUCAAACUGAAAUUGAGUUGCUUUCAAUGCUAAGGCAUCGACAUUUAGUGUCCCUAAUCGGAUUUUGUGAAGAGAAUAAUGAAAUGGUCCUUGUUUAUGACCACAUGGGAUAUGGAACAUUAAGGGAACAUCUUUAUAAAGGUAACAAAACUAUAUUAUCUUGGAAGCAAAGGUUGGAGAUUUGUAUUGGAGCAGCCAGAGGACUUCAUUACCUUCAUACAGGAUCUAAAUACACCAUUAUUCAUAGGGAUGUGAAAAGUACAAACAUUCUAUUAAAUGACAAGUGGGUGGCUAAGGUUUCUGAUUUUGGACUUUCCAAAACAGGUCCAAACAUGAACCAAGGACAUGUUUCAACAGUCGUAAAAGGUAGCUUUGGUUAUUUGGAUCCCGAAUACUUCAGAAGACAACAAUUGACUGAAAAAUCAGAUGUGUACUCAUUUGGGGUUGUCCUGUUUGAAGUAUUAUGUGCAAGGCCAGCGCUUAAUCCAAACCGUUCAAAAGAACAAGUUAGCCUUGCAGAUUGGGCAUUAGCUUGUCAAAGGAAAGGGAAUUUAGAAGAUAUUAUUGAUCCACAUUUGAAAGGAAAGAUCAAUCCUGAAUGCUUGAAGAAAUUUGCAGAAACAGCAGAGAAAUGCUUAGCUGAUAACGGUGUAGAUCGUCCAUCCAUGGGCGAUGUCUUAUGGAAUCUUGAACACGCCUUGCAGUUAGAAGAGAAUCCAGAUGGGGUUUUAUCAACUUCCGAGGCAACGAAACAUGUAAAUCAUGACAGUGCUGAAGAAGUAGAUCAACAAAGUUUGAUGGCCAUGCAUAGAAGCACUUUGAGCCUUGAAAGUAAUAAUGGUACUGAUAAUAACACAGAUGAUGUCUUUUCACAGAUUGUGAAUCCAACAGGAAGGUAA